AUGGCAGCCACUAUCCAGAAUAGUGACAAAGAAAUGACAAGGCGACUUCUCAGCCUGAUAUCGUUGUCAUCCAAGGACCUGAGGAAGAUGGAAGUGACAGACCAGUUUGAUCCCAUUCAACAAAUUGGUGAAGGAUCCUAUGGAAAGGUCCUGUUGGCCAAACAUAAGGAUUCAGGUAAGCCAGUGGCACUGAAAAUGCUGGCCAAGGACAGGACCAGACUGAACACAUUCAUGUUAGAAUUUUCUACGUCUUUAUGUCUCACAUCACACCCACAUAUUAUUGACACAUACGCUGUGGCCUUUCAUACUUUUAGUCACUUUGUGUUUGUUCAAGAGAUGAUGACAGCUGGUAGUCUGUUAUCCAUUAUUUUCCAAGAGAUUGGUUUAGAGGAGGAGUUGGUGAAGUGUUGUGUUGUGCAGAUUGCUGAUGCUCUGAAAUUCAUGCACAACAAAGGAUUGGUUCAUCGUGAUAUCAAGCCAGACAAUGUUUUGCUCAUGGACCAAGAGUGUCACUACAUCAAGUUAGCAGACUUUGGUUUCACCCAACUUGAAGGAACCAAUGUACCAUCUAUGUCAUGGAUCAUACCCUACAUGGCUCCUGAGCUUUGCAACCUUGGACAAAAUGAUGAGUUAAUAUUACAUCCCAGUCUUGAUAUGUGGGCAUUUGGUGUGCUUAUAUAUUUUGCCCUUACUGGUAAUAAGCCAUGGUACCGUGCCGUGGAUGAUGAUGAUAAAUACAAGUCAUAUGUUCAUUGGCAAAGUCAGAAAAAUGUUUCACGUGUACCCACUGAAUGGAUAAAGUUUACUACAAAAGCCAGGCAGAUGUUUUCCUGUAUGCUCGCUCUCAACCCCAUGGAAAGGUGUUCCAUGAAGGAAAUAACAACCUUUAUAAAGUCACAGUGGAUUAGACCUCCUGAAGACACUACUGGUGCUUUACAAAAUACACAAAUAUAA